AUGACAAUGGAACCAUAAAUCUUAUUAAUCAAAUAUAAGCUUAUCCGAAGAUAAUGUUUAUGUACUAUAUACAAUAAUUUGGAAAGUUCUUAGAGUUUAUAUUCGAAUAGGACUUAACUGAAAAUAAUUGAAUCUGUAUUUUAGGGAAUCUGGAGAGAAUCUCUUAAUAAUUUAUUGUAGGUUCUUUGCUAAACAAUGAGUCAUAUGAAAGGAUAUGAUGAAUUUGAAUUAAAUUGA